UCCCGCGGGGCUACUGAGUGGAAUCGGAGUGGUCGCCGGCUCCCCUGCCGUCGCCAAGAUGCACAACUUGUCGCUCUCUGAGCCCGGCGGAGGCAAUAUGUCGUGCGGCAGCUCGGCUCUGGGCUGUCUCAACGGGUCGAGCCCCGCGCCUUUGCCGCUGCCCCGGCCACUGGCAGUCGCGGUUCCUGUCGUCUACGCAGUGAUCUGCGCGGUGGGACUGGCGGGCAACUCAGCGGUGCUAUACGUGCUGCUGCGUGCGCCGCGAAUGAAGACUGUCACCAACGUGUUCAUCCUCAACCUGGCUAUCGCCGACGAGCUCUUCACCCUGGUGCUGCCCAUCAACAUCGCCGACUUCCUGCUGAGGAGCUGGCCCUUCGGGGAGGCCAUGUGCAAGCUCAUCGUGGCCGUCGACCAGUACAACACGUUCUCUAGCCUCUACUUCCUCACCGUCAUGAGCGCGGACCGCUACCUGGUGGUGCUGGCCACAGCCGAGUCGCGCCGGGUGUCGGGGCGCACUUAUGAUGCUGCGCGCGCUGUCAGCCUGGCGGUGUGGGUGCUGGUGACUCUGGUCGUGCUGCCCUUCGCGGUGUUCGCCCGGCUGGACGAGGAGCAAGGCCGGCGCCAGUGCGUGCUGGUCUUCCCGCAGCCAGAGGCUUUUUGGUGGCGUGCCAGCCGCCUGUACACACUGGUGCUGGGCUUCGCCAUCCCGGUCUCCACGAUUUGCGCUCUCUAUACCACCCUGCUGUGCCGGCUGCGAGCCAUCCACCUAGACAGUCACGCCAAGGCUCUGGACCGAGCCAAGAAGCGUGUGACCUUGUUGGUGACAGCGAUCCUGGCCGUGUGCCUCAUCUGCUGGACGCCUUACCACUUGAGCACCAUAGUGGCACUCACCACCGACCUGCCUCAAACACCGCUGGUCAUCGGCAUCUCUUACUUCAUCACCAGCCUGAGCUACGCCAACAGCUGCCUCAACCCAUUUCUCUACGCCUUCCUGGAUGACGGCUUCCGCAGGAGCCUUCGGCAGCUAAUAUCCUGCCGUGCUGCCUGACGCCUGUG